GCACCAGACCGAGAACAUACAUGGGGCAUGAACAGGACUGACCAGGACCAGGACCAGACGCAGGACUAGGACAGAACAGGACCCAGACUGAAAUUGGGGCCGGACUCCAUUCCCAGCAGAACCAUGUACCAGGUUCAGGGUAAAGGUGAGAGGGUGGUUGCCAUGGUGCUAAAAGAACUUCCUGGUAAAAAGACAUCUGGUGAAGGACACGCCCUCCUUGCGGUGACAACCAAGCAGGAGAGUCGUCCCCUCUUGAGUCCGUCCAUCGAUGACUUCCUGUCGGAGACUCGGGGAGACGCCCCUCCCACUUUGUCGCGACCUCUCACCUCUAACACAGCAGUUCUGUCAACUACCCUGGACCUUGUGGACCUCAGUGAGCCGAGUGACACCAGUGGGCGGAGUCAUAAGGACCACAGGUGGAGUCCUACAAAGAGGAGUCCCUCUGAGGACACAGGGCUGAACCACAUGGAGGCGGGACAUGUGGACUCAGGGGGUCUAAACCAAUGGCAUGUGGACAUAGGUGUGGGACGCAGGAGAACCCUGGAGAAAAAAUGUUCUUCCCAUCACUCCUCCAGUGAGCUGCUCUGGUCUGUGGAUUUUAAAACAGAUCCUUUGAUGAAGAACUUUGAUGUCCAUGAUGACCUCGACCUUCUGACAUCAUCAAAGGAGUCCAGGCCGACUCGUCGAAGGACACGUUCUCUUCUGACCAGAAACGAGUCUCUGGAGGACGAGUUCUUCAGAGCCAAGGCUGCAGUAGAGUCAGACACAGUUUUCUGGGAUAAGAUGCAGGCUGAGUGGGAGGAGCUUGUACGCAGGAAAUGGUUGGAUUCUGACUGUGAGGACCAGCAGCCGGUCCAGACCAUGGUCUCACCAGCGGAGAGAGGUUACUUAUUCAGCCCCAACAACCCGUACCGGGAUCAACCCAACGCCUUCCUGGAGGGUCAGGAAAGAGGUCGUCAAGGAGACUUAACUGCUGCCGUGCUGCUGCUGGAGGCCGCCAUCUUCCAGGACCCGCAGGACUAUGAGGCGUGGCAGCUCCUUGGAUCUACUCAGGCGGAGAAUGAGAACGAGCGCGCCGCAAUCGUGUCGCUGCAGAGGUGUCUGGAGCUGCGUCCCGACCACCUGCCGGCUCUCCUGGCGUUGGCUGUUAGCUGCACAAACUGCGGUCUCCAGCAGGAGGCGUGCGAUGCUCUGUGGCGCUGGAUAAGCCACAACCCACGGUACAAGCACCUUGUUGAACUCCAGGGUUCUCCUUCCAGCAGCAGGAGCCCACGGACCUUCAGCCCACUCAGGACAGGCUUCCAGGAGGUCCUCCACAUCUUCCAGGAGGCCUCCCAGGAGAAUUUGGACUGUGUUGAUCCAGACCUUCAGACUGGACUGGGCGUCCUCUUCAACCUGAGUGCAGACUUCAACAAAGCAGUGUCAGCAUUUACGACGGCUCUGUCUGUCCGACCGCAGGACUACCUGCUCUGGAACCGUCUGGGAGCAACGCUGGCGAAUGGGAAUCGUAGCGAGGAGGCAGUGGAGGCGUACACGCGGGCUCUGGAGCUGCAGCCCGGUUUUAUUAGGUCCAGGUACAACUUGGGGAUCAGCUGCAUUAACCUUGGAGCGCACAGGGAGGCGGUCAGUAACUUCCUGACGGCUCUGAACCAGCAGAGGCGGAGCCAACGCUGCAGCCAGCAGCAGAUGUCGUCCAACAUCUGGGCCGCACUGCGGGUCGCGGUCUCUCUGAUGGACCGGCCUGAUCUGGUCCAGGCAGCCAACGCUGGGGACCUGGACCUGUUGAUGCUGGUCUUGGACAGGGGUGACAUCUAAAGGAGGCGGUGCAUGUUGGAACAUGGGAGGAGGUGGAGGAGGAGAAGCACAACCCCUUUAACUAAGUGCUGAUGUCACUCCUGACAAUCAAGCCAUUCAGUUUUUCCAGCACUUUUAGCCACGCCCUAGUGUGACGUCACCGUGGUCCUCAACAUAAAGCUCUUCCCGUUGUUUUACCUGAUCACAUUUAUCUCUGCCUUACAGUGACGUUUCACAAUAAAAGUGCAGAGUCGACUUUUACUGUGAAAGAGCUUCAGGAAGUGACGUGUCUGUUCGCUAUAGCUGUUAGAAGAAAGCAAUAAUUUCUGAAGUCAGUUGCAAUUUGAGACUUCGCCACUAGAUGUCAGGGAAAUUUGAGUUGAGCUGCGGGGGGGGGGGGGGGGGGGGGGGGGCGUAGUACUUUCAAAAUAAAACGCUCCUCCAACAUAAAAGCACUUAUGCAACGCAGUUAUAAAACUAGUCCGUGAUUAUGUUUGGGAUUGUUUUUAUUUACUGACUACUUACCUGCUUGUAUUUACUGACUCUUUAAUAUUUAUGAAUGAAAGUUUUGUUUA